AUGGCGGAGACUAAAAUAAUAUAUCACAUAGACGAGGAGGAGACUCCUUAUCUGGUCAAACUGUCCGUUUCUCCAGAGAAAGUCACUUUAGCGGAUUUUAAAAAUGUCCUCAACAACAGACCCGUCAAUAGCUACAAAUUCUUCUUCAAAUCCAUGGAUCAGGAUUUUGGCGUUGUCAAAGAAGAGAUUUCCGAUGACAACGCCAAGCUGCCAUGCUUCAACGGGCGGGUAGUGUCCUGGCUGGUCCUGGCAGAGAGUGCACACUCUGAUGGAGGGUCUCAGUGCACAGAGAGCCAUCCAGAGCUUCCCCCUCCCCUUGAGAGAACAGGGGGUAUCGGAGACUCACGACCCCCCUCCUUCCAUGCCAAUGCAGUGAGCAGCCGUGACGGCCUGGACACAGAGACAGGGACAGAGUCUCUGCUGAGCCACCGCAGAGAGCGUGAGAGAGAGCGAGCACGCAGGAGAACUCGAGAGACUGAGCUCCCUCGCAUCAACGGUCACUCUAAAUCUGAGCGUACAGCGAGGGACUCGGCCAUGGGUUACGACAGUGCCUCAGUAAUGAGCAGCGAGCUGGACUCCAGCUCCUUUGUAGACAGCGAAGAGGAUGAGGAUGCCAGCAGGCUCAGUAGCUCCACAGAACAAAGUUCUUCUUCACAGCUCAUGCGCAGACACAAGCGACGCAGACGGAGGCACAAAAUGGCCAAGAUAGACCGGUCUUCAUCCUUCAGCAGUAUCACAGACUCCACUAUGAGCCUCAAUAUCAUCACUGUUACACUCAACAUGGAAAAAUACAACUUUCUGGGCAUCAGUAUUGUAGGUCAAAGCAAUGACAGGGGAGAUGGAGGCAUUUACAUUGGCUCCAUCAUGAAGGGAGGAGCUGUGGCUGCUGACGGCAGAAUAGAACCAGGAGACAUGCUUCUGCAGGUAAAUGAUGUGAAUUUUGAGAACAUGAGCAACGAUGAUGCUGUGAGGAUCCUGAGAGAGAUAGUUUCUAAAACGGGCCCCAUUAGUCUUACUGUUGCCAAGUGCUGGGAUCCAUCUCCAAGAAGUUACUUCACUAUCCCACGUGCGGAGCCAGUAAGACCCAUUGACCCUGCAGCCUGGAUUUCUCACACCACAGCCUUGACUGGACCAUAUCCACAUUAUGAAUUCGAUGACCUGCCUCUGUCUGUUGGUAAAACAGACAUGGCAACCAUUGUAAAGGUGAUGCAGCUUCCUGACUCAGGCCUGGAGAUACGGGACAGGAUGUGGCUGAAGAUCACCAUUGCGAAUGCAGUCAUAGGUGCUGAUGUGGUGGACUGGCUUUACUCCAGAGUAGAAGGCUUUAAGGAUCGACGAGACGCAAGGAAAUAUGCCAGCAGUCUACUGAAACAUGGCUACCUGAGACACACAGUCAACAAAAUCACCUUCUCUGAACAGUGCUACUACACAUUUGGGGAUCUCUGCCAAAACAUGGCUUCUCUAAAUUUGAAUGAGGGAUCCAGUGGUGGGGGUUCGGAGCAGGACACUUUAGCACCUCUACCUCCCACCACCAACCCUUGGCCUCUGGGAGGGCAGCCAUUCCCAUACCCGCCUUUUCCAUCUGCGCCCCCCUGCUUCCCACCGGGAUACUCCGACCCGUGCCACAGUUUCCACAGCGGGAGCGCCGGCAGCCAGCACAGUGAAGGAAGCCGAAGCAGUGGAUCGAACCCCAGCGCAGGCAAAGACAGACACUCCCCACAGGAGAAGGUUCAGAAGCCAACAGGCCGCGAAUCUGAGUCGGGCUUCCGUGGAGGGAAGCGAGGGGACAGGUCCAUCAGCCAGAUGAGCCAUCACAGCCAUGCUAGGUCCAGCCUCAGUCACAGCCACUCACACAGGAGCCACUCGCUGCCCCAGAGCAACCAUCCCUCCUUCAGCUACAGCCACACUCCCUUCACCCAGCCGGGGCCGGGCUCCUGCACGCAGAGCGAGAGAAGCCAUGCCUCCUCCUAUGGCCCCCCAGGCUUGCCUCCUCCGUAUUGUCUAGCUCGACUUGCCCCCAAAACCUCAGUGAGCAGUAGCACACCCCCUGGAGCCCCUCCCGGGAGGGAGCUGGCGACUGUUCCUCCCGAGCUCACCGCCAGCCGGCAGUCGUUUCAGCACGCCAUGGGCAACCCUUGUGAGUUCUUUGUGGACAUCAUGUGACAGAACAGUGCCUUUGAAAACAAAGUGAGCACAAAACAAUCCUGCUAGAACUCACUUGCAUCUUUUUCUUCUUUCUCCUCAGUCUUUUGAGCACCCCCUAAGUUCAGAAUGUAGAUACUACCUGGCCCCCCUGUAGCCCUCUGCUCUACCUACGAUGUCCACAGAAAGGAAUACAGGCUGCUUUAGCACAAAGGAAGGAUUCCUCUCAAUCACAAGCACAGGUGCUCCACCUGAAAGCCUCUUUUUUUUACAGACAUGUACAGUUUGUGAAACGUGAGUGCUGUUUGGUGUGGUGAUGUCUUUGAAGCUGCCAUGCAGACAUUCUCGGGUACAUCGUGGAUAUAAUCUGUUCAGCAACACCUUUAACUAGGCUGGAACUGGAUAUCAAUCCCCCAGACCCAGACUGAAAACUCUUGUCAAAACUCCUAGGCCCCUUUCUCCACCGGUUCUGGGGCUUUGUCUAAGCUCUUAGUGCCAACACUAACCCUGAUCUGUGGAUUCUUCAGCUUCAGGAGGAAAACCCCAUCGCCUGCUGCCAGUUUUAGCGAGGCUGCACAGUGCAUGUCUGAACUGCUUUAAAGAAAUUUUAUAAUUUAAUUUGUUUAAAGUAUUAACUAAACCAGAAGAAGGAGGCUCCCUCUCGCCAAUGUUCUAAAGGAUAAAUCCGUACACUGGAUGAUUUUGUGAUGUUAUUUAUGUGGUCUUGUUGCGUCUAUGAUGUUGUCGCAGUUUGUCUCCUCCGGCUCCCUGACAGACAAUCAGACGUCAUCAUUUGUGUGUCAGAGGCCAGUUCCUGCUCUCUCAGCUGUUCACUGUCAAACAUACAGUGGAUGUAAAAACUCAACACCCCUCUGGUAAAUGACAGGGUUUUGAUUGAUAUAGUUUUGAUAACGUUUUCUUCCUUUAUUUAAAAUAUUUCCUCUUUAUUAUUCAAAGGUAAAACAAAUAUGUUAGAGUGGGGAAAUAUACACAUGAAAAUGUCUUAAGAAUAAGAGCCUGGCUGCAUAAGUGUGCACAACACCUGUAAUCAAUUUCCGCUUUGCCUGUAGGAUAUUCCGCACAAAUUUCCAUCCUUUGGCUAACACAGCAGCUUAAGGAGUGAAUAAAAAAA